GGUUUUGGAGAUCACAUUCAUUGGAGGACACUAGAAGAUGGGAAGAGAGAAGCAGCUGCCAGAGGACCGCGGUCUAGUUGGUUGGAACUCCCGUUUCCGUAGCAACAAGAGGUCCUUUAAGAGUCAAGGGGUGCCGGAAGUUCAGUUUGCACUUCCGGUUUGCGUCGGACACACCGACAACCAGGAAGUUGACGCACGUUUGCGCAUGGCCGCUCCCUCGGAGGAUGCCGCUUGUGGUGUUUUGUGGGCUGCCGUGCUCUGGCAAGAGCCGACGCGCAGAGGAGCUCCGCGGGGCGCUGGCGGCUGAGGGCCACGCGGUGUACGUGGUGGACGACGCGGCCGUGCUGGGCGCGGAGGACGCGACGGUGUACGGCGAUUCGGCCCGUGAGAAGGCGCUGCGUGGGGCCCUGCGCGCCGCGGUGGAGCGGCGUCUGAGUCGUCAUGACGUGGUCAUCCUAGACUCGCUUAAUUACAUUAAGGGCUUCCGCUACGAGCUCUACUGCCUGGCGCGGGCGGCGCGCACCCCGCUGUGCCUGGUCUACUGCGUACGGCCAGGCUGUCUGAGCGCGGGACCUCGGGUGGCGGAUGCGGAGGAGAACCGGGGCCGGAACGUCAGUGUGAGUUGGCGGCCGCGCGCUGAAGAGGGAGGGAGGCCUCUGGCAGCGGGCACCGGUGUCCUUAGGGAACCGCAAGCAGUGCACUCGGUAGUAAACGGGAGAGCCCAGGCGCACGUACCUAAGGAACUGGAGCGGGAGGAAACCAGGGCGCCAGAUCUUCCAGCUCUCGAGAUUCCGGAAUUCGAGAAAUCUGCAAAGCAUGUGUCCAGUGCCUUUUACCCUCCUGAACUUCUGGAGGCCCUAAUGCUGCGCUUCGAGGCUCCCGACUCUCGGAACCGCUGGGACAGACCCCUGUUCACCUUGGUGGAUUUAGAGGAGCCGUUGCCCCUGGCAGAGAUCCGGGCAGCCCUUUUUGAGAACCGGGCUCCUCCACCCCAUCAGUCUACCCAAUCCCAGCCCCUUGCCUCUGGCAGUUUUCUCCACCAGUUGGAUCAGGUAACCAGCCAGGUGUUGGCAGGACUGAUGGAAGCGCAGAAGAGCGCAGUCCCCGGAGACUUACUUAAACUUCCUGGGACCACGGAGCACCUUCGGUUUACCCGGCCUUUGUCCAUGGCAGAACUGAGUCGCCUCCGACGCCAGUUUAUUUCCUACACCAAAAUGCAUCCCAACAAUGAGAACCUCCCUCAACUGGCCAACAUGUUUCUACAGUAUCUGAACCAGAGCCUGCUCUAACCAGAGGGGUUUGGGGGAAAGCCAUGGCUCCUUGUCUAACCUCUGCUGCACUAUAUUUCUCUGGGAAGAAUAAUCUGAAGGUCUGCAGAGUGUAUUGAUGUGUGGUACUAGAGUUAUUGUGACUGAUUCACACUCUGCAGAGUGCCUCUGUACCAGGCCUUGAGUUUAGAGCAUACUCUGAGACUAGAAAGAACAGAGAACUAGCUUGAAGGAUUUUGGCACAUUUCUCCAGGGGACAAAGCUCAGGUGGACAAGGCUUGCUUAGAUUGGGUUCCACUCAAUUGAUUUCCCACAUCAUAAUUGUGGGAAAGCAGACUGGAUGAAUUGUUUUAAAACAAUUGUGAACAGAGACUGAAGAUGGCACAGUUCUGCAUCUGCACUGGCCCUUCUUUCAUAUCACAAAUAGUUUUUUGAGUAGUGUACUUAAACUUUCUGCUACUCUCUAUCCUGGGGCCUGGGAUCACAGAAAUAUUUACUGGUUUCUCUCCUUGGGAAACUUUGGUUCUAGUGGAAGUAAAAUACAUAACCACUAGAUUAUUUCAUUUAAUAAAAUCUUUUAGAAGAAGAGAGUGGGCUGGAAUCUUUCACUUAAUGUAACAAUGUUCUUCAUGUAAUUUAUUUAAUGUAACAUUUUACAUAUACAUACAGGGGUGGGCACA